AACCGCUCCAAACAUUUUCGCAACUCGGCCUGGAAUUUUGUUUUAAAAUCUUGCAGCUUGCAAUUUUGUGAUUUAUCCCUACUGCAUCGAGAUUUUUGGGGGAUUUCAAGAAACAGAAGCAAUGUGUUACCAGGGAUACUAAUAAUUUUCAUUGACUGCAACAGGAGUAUCUUACAAAGAUCUCAAAACAAAGCAAACCGAUAACCGGCGCUGGGAGACGACUGUGAUAACGCUUAUCUUGUGCGAAGGGGAUUCGCGGACGACCCCAUCCAGCCACCCAAUAGAUAGCUAAUAAAGCUGGCAAUCGAAAGUGUGAUCACGGUCGGGUAAUUAACAAUCAAUUCAGGACUCCCUCGAUCAUCGUCAUGGUACAAAAGCACCACGUCGCCGGCUACGAUCGGUUCGUGGCGUUCAUGAAGGACUUCAAGGGAAACGGAGGCGCCAUCAAUGUUCUCUUCACCGGUGCCAAGCUGGAGAACGGGCAGAGCUGGUGCGGGGAUUGCGUUGAAGCGGCCCCGUUCAUUGAAAGCGCAGUCGAGAAGGAUGCUCCGAGCGAUUCCCAUUUCAUCUACGUAGACGUCGGAGAUCGACCAACCUGGAAAAAUAUGAACAACUCGUUCCGUAAGGAUCCGAAUACACAUCUCUCCGUCAUCCCGACGCUGAUCCGCUGGAAGAGUCCCCAACGCCUGGAGGGAGAACAGUGCACGAAGCCCGAUCUGUUGCAAAUGUUUUUCGGUGAAGAAGACUAAUCCGUGGCCAUCGGAUCGCGCGCCUGUUUCAUUCAAGUUGGAACAGUACAAUCUAUUAAAAAUAUAAAAAAGGGGCCACCUCUCCGCCUUUUACAGAGCA